UCGCGGCUGCAGAGGCGCUCUAGCCUGCCGCUAGCUCUCUCGUCGGUGCUCCCUCAGCUCCUGCGCCGCCUUGGAGGUCUAGGCGUCGGCCGCUCCGCUAGGGGGCGCGCGCGAGCGACGGCGACGCUCUGGGCAGCGGAGUUGCGCGCGUGAGGCGGCCGCGGCGGCUGUGAGGCGGCUGGGCUGGGGUCGGAACCAUGUCGGGGUCGGAGGAUUACUCCUCGGCCGAGGACGAGGACUACGUGCCUUCAGGUGCGGAGUACAGCGAGGAUGACGUGAGCGAGCUGGUGCGGGAGGAACCGGCGGACAGCCCACGGCCGCCCCGCGGCAGGAGGAUUCCCCGCCGCCCCGCCAGCAGGAAGAGGAAGAAAGGAGGUCUCUUGCUAGAGCCAGAUGAGAUAGAGGAAGAAAAGACUCAGAGGAAUGAAGAAGAGGAGGAGGAGGAAGUGGAUAAUGUAGAGCAGGUGGAAAGAAGAAAAGAAGAAGAAAUAAAAAAGAAAGAGGAUGCUCUUUGGGCCAGUUUCCUCAGUGAUGUGGGACAGAAACCCAAACCAGAGACUUCCACUCGGGCUGAGCAGGCUGAAGGAGAGAGGAGUGGGAAGAAGCUUCAGGAGAAACCAAAAGAUGCAGGAAAAGUGACAAUCACCAAAAUGUUUGAUUUUGCUGGUGAGGAGGUCAGAGUGACUAAAGAAGUGGACUCAACCUCAAAAGAAGCUAAAGCUUUUCUGAAGCAGCAAGAGAAAUGGCCGUCAGCAGCUCCGACUUCCCUUCCAACAGUGUCUGGGGUGAAAAGGCCAAGUGGUAUGAGCAGUCUCCUGGGGAAAAUUGGCUCCAAAAAGCAGAAGAUGAGCACACUGGAGAAAUCUAAACUGGACUGGGAGAACUUCAAGGAGGAAGAGGGGAUUGUAGAGGAACUGGCGAUCCAUAACCGAGGGAAAGAUGGGUACAUCGAGAGGAAAGCAUUCCUGGAGCGCGUGGAUCACAGGCAGUUUGAAAUCGAACGCGACCUGAGACUGAGCAGGAUGAAGCCCUAAGUGCUGUGUAUGGCUUCAGGGGAUCUUGCUCCCUUCUGUGCCCGAGUGCUGGUUGGGGGCUGCCAGCCACCACUGGACCACCGAGCAUGGAAACCUCUACCCAAGACUCAGCCUGUAUGGUUCAAUGUACAGGCUUUUCCUUUUAAUGCAAUAGUUCAGGGAGGGUAUUAGUCUGUGGGAAGGGGCCAGUUUGAGGGUUAAAUGGCCCAGAAGGUGACAGAAGGAUGAGAUUCUGGCAGCAGCUUUCCAUGGAGAAGAUAUGGUGGCACCCAUCCUUUGCCAACCCUUGCUGCUUCUGGCAGCAGGAGGAACUGUGAGGGCUGGGGGGGUGCCAGCAUAUUCAGCUCUGAGGGUGGAGCUGCAGGGAGGUUUAAUGGUGCUGUGCAUGCACAAGCUGUGUGCUGGAGCCCUUCUGCCAGCCCCACAGCCUCCCUGCCCCGCCACGCUGUGCUCUUGCCUGGACAGAGCUGAACUGUCUCUCCUUGCUUAUGGGGUCUCAUGAUGCUGGGGGGAGGUGGGGGGGUGUGCAUUAAGCAAGCUGAUUGUCGUGGGUUCAGCAGUAGUAGUCAUUUAUGAAGAAAUCCUUCCUCGUUCAUUCUGUCUAGAAGAUGUGAGCAGCUGCAGCAGGCAGGAUGGGCCAGGAUCUAAGCAUUCAUGUGAAUAAAGUAUUCCACCCUGA